CAUCUGGGCUGCAUCUGGACAUGGCUUCCAAAUGCCUCAAGGCCAGCAGCUUCUCUUCGGGGUCCCUCAAGAGUCCAGGUGGUCCUGGAGGGGGUUCCACUCAUGUGUCCAAAAUGUACUCCAGUAGUUCUUGCAAGCUCCCCAGUCUCUCCCGUGGGGCUCGGAGUUUCUCUGUGUGCUCAGCAGGGCUGGGCAGAAGCAGCUACAGGGUGGCCAGUUGCCUUCCCGCUCUCUGCCUCCCCAAUGGAGGCUUUUCCGGCAACUACAGUGUGGCAGGGAGCUGGUUUGGGGAGGGCAUCCUCACCGGGAACGAGAAGGAGACCAUGCAGUCCCUGAAUGACCGCCUGGCCAGCUAUCUGGAGAAGGUGCGCCAGCUGGAGCAGGAGAACGCCAGCCUGGAGAGCCGCAUCCGAGAGUGGUGUGAGCAACAGGUGCCCUACAUGUGUCCUGACUACCAAUCCUACUUCCGGACCAUUGAGGAACUCCAGAAGAAGACCCUGUGCAGCAAGGCAGAGAAUGCCAGGCUGGUGGUGCAGAUUGACAAUGCCAAGCUGGCUGCGGACGACUUCAGGACCAAGUAUGAGACAGAGGUGUCCCUGCGACAGCUGGUGGAGGCCGACAUCAACGGCCUGCGCAGGAUCCUGGAUGACCUGACCCUGUGCAAGGCCGACCUGGAGGCGCAGGUGGAGUCCCUGAAGGAGGAGCUGCUCUGCCUCAAGAAGAACCACGAGGAGGAAGUGAACUCGCUGCGCUGCCAACUUGGCGAUCGGCUCAACGUGGAGGUGGAUGCUGCUCCACCUGUGGACUUGAACCGGGUGCUGGAUGAAAUGAGGUGCCAGUAUGAGACGCUGGUGGAGAACAACCGCCGGGAUGCCGAAGACUGGUUUGACACGCAGACCGAGGAGCUGAACAAGCAGGUGGUGUCCAGCUCCGAGCAGCUGCAGUCCUGCCAGGCAGACAUCAUAGAGCUGAGACGCACGGUCAACUCCCUGGAGAUCGAGCUGCAGGCCCAGCAGAGCAUGAGAGAUGCUUUGGACUCCACUCUGGUGGAGACAGAGGCCCGCUACAGCUCCCAGCUGUCCCAGAUGCAAUGCAUGAUCACCAACGUGGAGUCCCAGCUGUCUGAGAUCCGGUCUGACCUGGAGCGCCAGAACCAGGAGUACCAGGUGCUGCUAGAUGUCAGGGCCCGGCUGGAGUGUGAGAUCAACACGUACCGGGGCCUGCUGGAGAGCGAGGACAGCAAGCUCCCAUGUAACCCGUGUGCCCCUGACUACUCGCCUUCUAAGUCAUGCCUUCCCUGUCUUCCUGCCACCUCCUGUGGUCCUAGUCUAGCCCGCACCACCUGCAGCCCCCGCCCUGUCUGUGUGCCCUGCCCAGUGGGCCGGUUCUGA